AUGGCGUUCUCGCGCUUAACCCUUGUAACGGCUCUGCUAAUCGCCUGCGCCGCGGGCGGCCUUCGGGCUCAGCUGUUUUUCGUCGACCAGCCGGAGCGGGAUGCCAACGUGCUCCUGUACCAGCUGUCGGCGCGCGUGGAGAAGCUGGAGAAGGACGCCGUUGAAGCAGCCAAAGCGCCGGUGUCCUUCGCGGCGGCGCUGGUCACCACGACGGAGUGGACCUACCAGGGUCCCUUCAACACGGAAACCAACCUGAUCUUCAAGAAGGUGAUCACCAACGUGGGGAACGGCUACGACGCCAACACAGGUAUCUUCACGGCCCCCGUCAGGGGUCUCUACUUCAUCCUCCUGAACGCCAACGUGGGGACCUCGGGGAGCCUGAACGCGGCGGUGAUCAAGAACGGCGAAAACAUGUUCGCCAUCUACGACACUAAGGGCACGCACAGCGGCGUCAGCAACGGGAUGCCCCUGGUCCUGGAGGCGGGAGAUAAGCUGUGGGUCACCUUGUGGGCCAACCAGUGCGUCUUCGACCAGAGCCGACUCACCACCUUCAGCGGCUUCCUCAUUAAAUCCAUGUGA